AUGUUUUCACUUUGGAGAAACCUGAACGUGACCCGCAGUGUCAUUUCUCCGACCUGCAGCGGGACUGCGGCGGACUUCUUCUCUCUGAAGCCUCGACAAACUUUCGCUCCGUCCAGAAAGUCCUCAGGGAAGCGCUACAAUGUGCCCCCGAGCGCCGAGUUUGUGGCCAGGGUCUCGGGGAUCCCCACCAUGGCCAAGCUGCCCUUCCAGGAGUCGGCGGACGGGCUCGACGCCGCGUUCGUCGGCGUCCCGAUUGACACCGGGACCUCCAACCGGCCUGGAGGCAGGUUUGGUCCCAGGCAGAUCAGAGUGGAAUCCGCGCUGCUGAGAGCUUACAACAGUGGCACCAGGGCGGCGCCCUUUGAGUCCCUCAUGGUGGCUGAUAUUGGGGACGUCAAUGUGAACGUAUACGACCUGAAGGACACCUGCAAACGCAUCAGGGAGGCCUACAGGAAGAUCCUGGCCGCUGGCUGUAUCCCUCUGACGAUGGGUGGCGAUCACACAAUCGCAUAUCCGAUCCUGCAAGCUGUUGCUGAGAAGCAUGGUCCGGUGGGUCUGGUCCAUGUGGAUGUUCAUGCUGACACCAGUGAUGUGGUCUUGGGGGAGAAGAUUGGACACGGGACUCCGUUCAGACGCUGUGUGGAGGAGGGGCUGCUGGACUGUAAGAGAGUGGUCCAGAUCGGCCUGCGUGGUUCAGGCUACUCUCCAGAUUCAUAUGAGUGGAGCCGGGCGCAGGGUUUCCGUGUGGUACAAGUGGAAGAGUGCUGGUUCAAAUCUCUUGCACCUCUGAUGGCUGAGGUCAGGGCUCAGAUGGGCAGCGGUCCAGUAUAUCUCAGUUUCGACAUUGAUGCUCUUGACCCGGGCUUUGCUCCUGGAACAGGCACGCCGGAGAUAGCAGGGCUUACUCCCAUACAGGGAGUCGAGAUUAUUCGGGGCUGCCGUGGUCUAAACCUUGUUGGAUGUGAUCUAGUGGAGGUGUCCCCACCCUAUGACACCACAGGGAACACAGCACUGACCGGCGCCAACCUCCUUUUUGAAAUGUUGUGUGUCCUCCCAAAAAUCAAAUACUACUAA